AUGUUUCCUGCGUUAAGUGGGAAUUUUUUCCGUUUGGCUCUGCCUGGAUUUGCAAGAUCAUUUCAUAGUCUCCUGCCCAAGAUCACUCCUUUAAAUGCCACAGGACAAAAUACAGUGCUUAGACAAUCUCCAGGGCAAUUGCUGGCCACUCAGGGAAGCCCAUUGGUAAAUUUGGUUUGUGGUUUCAAGGUAAAAGGGCGCCUUAAGAGACGUUGCAAGGAUUGUUUCUUUGUCUGGCGCCAGCAAAGGCUCUAUAAUAUCUGCAAGACCCAUCCACGGCACAAGCAAAUGUCCAUGGUGAAGAAGGAUAAGAAUACUUGGAUCCUAACCCAUGCCAGUCAAUCGAAAGUCCGGGAAUGGUAG